AUGCCUUCCUUUUCGGCAUUGAUCCUCACCGCUGCGGCGGCUGGAUCUUCUUACGCAGCUCUCGAGGCAUACGGAGCGCCGGCGCCUCCAGCAAACGGACCAGCUGCGCCUCCAGCAUAUGGAGCACCGGCGGCCCCAGCAUACGGGCCAUCGACCGAGAAGCCAUCGGCUCCAGCAUACCAGGCCCCAGCGGAGAGCUACGCACCAAAGAGCCCUGAGCACUCUUCUCACGAGCCACAGUGGUACAGCUCGCCAGCUCAACCACAGCAGUACACCACCACUUCCGCUACAUAUGGCCUUCCAACCCAGGCCUACGGUUACGAGAGUGCUUCCACCUCUUGCACCGAGGAGGAGGAGAAGCCCACAUCGACCUUCGUGCCGUUCUACACCAACUCGGAGACCACGAAGCUAGCCAGGCCCUUCACCAUGCACCCCACGAUCGAGAUCGACACUUCGUCGUACGCAACCACGACCAGCUUCGAGGUCCCGUACUACCCAGAGUCGACCGUCACGACAUCAACCAGUGUCGAGAAGCCAUACAACACUCCCAAGGUCCCAUACUACCCUGAGACCAAGGUGACCGAGCAUUACACCAAGCCGUACGCUUCGGUGCCAUACGACUCCAUCUCGACCUCCACGAUGUCAAACAACGAUGUGACCAUUGUUGGUGUUACCCAAGAGUACACCACGCUCUGCGACAAGACCGACACCGCCACCUACGGCGAGCAGACUGUGUACACUACGUACUCUGCCAUCUCCACUGCCACUACUGUCUACUACACCACCGUCACUGGCUCCGUCAGCAUCCCCACAUACUACCCACACAGUGAGACUACUCCUGCUGAGGAGACUCAUCCCGCUCAGGAGACGUACCCUGCGGAGUCCACUACUUGCACCGAAGAGGAGCACAAGACUUACCCUCAGCAGACUUACCCAGCUGAGACUUACCCGGUCGAGAGCAAGAUUUACCCGGCAAAGGAGACGACACCUGUCUAUGAGCACAAGACGUACCCCGUUGAGAGCAAGACUUACCCGGCCAAGGAGACGACACCAGUCUACCCGGUCGAGAGCAAGACUUACCCGGCAAAGGAGACGACACCUAUCUAUGAGCACAAGACGUACCCCGCUGAGAGCAAGACUUACCCGGCCAAGGAGACGACACCAGUCUACCCGGUCGAGAGCAAGACUUACCCUGUCCAGGAAACCACUCCAGUCUACGAGCACAAGACUUACCCGGUCGAGAGCAAGACUUACCCGGCACAGGAGACUACACCUGUCUACGAACACAAGACAUACCCGGCAAAGGAGACGACUCCAGUCUACGAGCACAAGACCUACCCCGUUCAGAGCCAAACUUACCCGGUCGAGAGCAAGACUUACCCGGCAAAGGAGACCACUCCAGUUUAUGAGCACAAGACUUACCCAGUCGAGAGCAAGACUUAUGCACAGACUUGGUCGACCGUGGAGCAGAUGACCUACCCCGUCGAGAAGACCUACCAGCAAACUAAGACCACUGAGGAGGCAAAGACAUACCCAACUGCCCCCGUCUACAAGCCUUCCGAGAGCGCCCCGGUCUACAAGCCUUCCGAGAGCGCCCCGGUCUACAAGCCCUCCGAGUCUGCUCCAGUCAUGGAGUACCAGCCAUCGCCUUCCGCAUCUGAGGCGUACCCAAUGAUGUCCAAGGCGACUUACGCUCCAUCUGCCCCAGCCUACCAGCCGCACGAGUCUGCUCCAGCUUACGCUCCAUCGGCUCCAGUCUACAGCCCAAAAGAGUCCGCCCCAGUAUACAGCCCACAAGAGUCUGCCCCAGCUAACGCUCCAUCUGCUCCGGCUUACCAGCCACACGAGUCUGCUCCAGCGCCAACCUACCCAGCCAGCAGCGCUACAACCACCAAGCAGGUCACCAUCGUCCCAGUGCCGGCCACUGAGUACCACGGUGUCAAGUCCACAGGUAUGGCCACCUACCCGGGAGCUGCCUCGCCAACUGGAACGGCCCCCUACUACCCCGGUGCUGCCUCGCCAACUGGCUCGUACGGAUACCCCAAGAGCGGCAACAGCACUGGCAACAGCACCAAGCCAUGGAACUCACCAGAGAGCUACACUGGUGGUGCAAGCGCCAACACUUUCAGCAUCGCUGCUCUCACCAUCAUCCUCUUCGGUGCUGCAUUCGCUUUGUAG